UAACUCCCCAAUAAACAAAAAAAAAAAAAAAAAAAAACAGAUACACAAGGCCGAAGGUGUGAUUUCUUAACGCCAUAAGAAAACGAGAGCGUUUGUUGUGCUGAGUCUUUUUAUGGAGAACAAGAACAUCACCACCAAGACGACGGGCGAAAACAACGACGACAACGGGAGCAUGGACGAAGAGGGGACCUACAGCUACAUGGCUGUCCCAAUUCACAGCCAAGUGAUGAAGAUCAAGCAGGAGUUUGAGAAGAUCAAGCACCCGUCUCUGCAGCAGCCUGCAGAGGCGAGGCUGAGACGCGUGAUUAUGCGGGAGAUUACCCGGCAGCGCUCGCGUUCGCCGCUGGGGCUGGCCACAUAGGGAUAACCUCGUAGGGGUUGCCCUGCCUGCGUCUGCAUGGUGAUGGUGGCGACGCUUUAUAGUUAAACUUUUUCGUGGUUUUUUCCUUCUUACUGUUUGUUUUCUGGUUUUCCUUCUUACGGUAUUCUGGGGUUUUGCAGUUUUACUUUUACUACGUUAGUUGUACAGGUAGAAGUUUUGUUGUGGGAAAUUUAAGGAAUAGUGAAAUUAAUGUUAAUUUCCUGCUUGUCUGGUCUCAUCGUUUCUUUGUUUAAUUUCAUGAUUAUAUACUUUUUAAAAAUUUAUUUCUGUAAGUUUUGCA